CACCACCCUGGGAGGGGAGGGAAGGGUCCCCCCGGGGUCCCUUGGGUCCCUGUGGCUGUGCUGGCCACGUGGCCAUCGGGGCAACCAAACUCCUGGGCUCCUGGGGCAGGGCAUGAAGGUGGCCACCUUGGACCCUCAUGGUCCCCUGGGGUGGGAGAGAAGGUCACCCUAGACCCCAAAGUCCCCUGGGGUGGGGGAGAGGGUCACCCUGGACCCCAAAGUCCCCUGGGUUGAGGGAUAAAGUCACCUUGGACCCUCAUGGUCCCCUGGGGUGGGGGGAGAAGGUCACCCUGGACCCCAAAGUCCCCUGGGGUGGGGGAUAAGGUCACCCUGGACCCCCAGUGUCCCGUAGAGUUGGGAGGAAGGUGGCCACUCUCAACCCUCAUGGUCCCCUGGGGUGGAGGAGAAGGUCCACCUGGACACCACAGUUCCCUGGGGUUGGGGGGGAGAAGGUCACCCUGGACCCCCAGUGUCCCCUAGAGUUGGGGGGAAGAUGGCCACCCUGGACCCUCAUGGUCCCCUGGGGUUGGGGUUGGCUGGGACCACCAAAGUGCCACAGGGGGUCCCAGAAGCCCACGAGGUGGGGUGGAGGUGGGGGGGAGGUUGGGCAGGGACCCCCGUCCCCGGGCGGCGGCCGUGCCUGCCCUGUCCCUCGCCCCCCAGGCAGCCCAGCCCCACGGCUGCCGGUGGCCCUGCGCAUCUGCACCCUGGUCUGCAGGUCCUGGGGGGACCGGCCCCAGCUCUGCCAGGUGGCGUGCGGCGUGGGACGUGCGGAGGCGCCGGUGCGGCACGGGGCGACGCUGCCCCAGGGCCUGGACUCCAGCCUGCAGCAGUGGGGGGUGGUGGCCACCAGCCAGCGGCAGGCACUGGCCACGCGGCUCCGGGUGGCCUCCGAGGCCGCCAUGGCCGCCCUCCUGGCCGCCGAGGCCGAGCUGAGCCCUCAGCAGCGCGGUGGUGCCCGCGCCCACACUGACCUCCUGGGCGUGGACUUCUUGCUGGCGUGCGUGGAUGACGCCCUGGAGCUGGUGGCCCUGUCCACCAACAGCCAAAGGUGCCUGGAGACCUGCCUGCUAGCCGACGCCAUGGGGCGCGCUGUGGGGGAGCCCCACGGUGACCUGCCCCGGCUGCUGGCCGAGGCCCUGCUGCACCGGGCGCAGUGUCACCUGGUGGAGGGCAAGGACAUCCUGCUCAUCGGGGCCGGUGGCGUCAGCAAGAGCUUCGUCUGGGAGGCGGCCCGCAACUACGGCCUGAGGGUAAGGAGGCUUGGCCAUCAGUAGGCUUCAGAGUGAACAUUGGUCAUCAGUAGGCUUCAGAGUGAACAUUGGCCAUCCAUAGGUUUCAGAGUGAACAUUGGCCAUCAGUAGGUUUGAGUGAACACUGUCCAUCAGCAGGUUUCAUAGUGAACACUGUCCUUCAGUAGGCUUCAGAGAGAACGUUGGCCAUCAGUAGGUUUCAGAGUGAACGUUGGCCAUCAGCAGGUUUCAGAGUGAACAUUGGCCAUCAGUAGGCUUCAGAGAGAACGUUGGCCAUCAGUAGGCUCCA